UGUCUGCGUUUGCCUUUUUAAAAACGAUUAUUCGCGCAUAGAUACUGUACACGUGUAUCUCGUUUUUGCACGCUAAAGUUUGUAAUCGUUGAUUUGUCAUAGCAAUUUAGCUUGCAUCGUCGCGCAAUAUAUUCUGCGAAAUGUGUAAUUGCGAUUGAUCGUUACUCGCGUACAAACGUUGCGGUCUUUCUCUGCAUAAUUGCUCUACCUUGUGUGUAAAACCAUGGUGGGGGAGUACACCACGGGGCUAGAUAUCGAAGGGCUCGACUGCCGUAUUUUCUUCGCGACAUUGCGUCUCGUACAGUCGUUAUUCACCUCGUUGAAAGGGAACGACGUGUACGGUUUCUGGGAGUGAGAUGGUUCAAUGUGUCGUUGCAUGCUACGAUGUUGAGAAGUACUAUAAGCCCCUUGUUGAGAAUCGGUCUCGGUUUGAUCGGCAUAUGGCCCGGCGCCUCUUAUGGCACGCUUUGCUGGCUUUUUUACAUGACAACCCUUGUCGUAAUACAAUACUUGCAGUACUCCUACGUCUACGCGCAUCUCGAUUUCAACAACUUGACCAAACUGAUGGAUGGUUUGGGUCUAACCUUGGAUUACACUCUGACGAUAUUCAAGUUAAUCAGCUUAUGGUUUAAUCGUCGGAUAUUCGCGGAUAUUUUGAUCGCGAUGGACGACGAUUGGAAAGAGUGCGGGACCGAAUUUCAUGAAUGCAUUAUGGUGGACAAGGCAAAUUUGGCGUACCGUUGCUCCAACGUCUUGAUAUCCGUCAACGCUAUCGCUACUUUUCUAUAUUUUAUUGAAAGCUACGCGAGUGAACGUAAGUUAUCUAAGAACGGACAAUUGCGUAAGUUUCCGAUACAGGCACAGUUUCCGUUCGAUGUUCAAGAAACGCCCAUCUACGAGUUCGUCGACGUGGGCUUGUUUUUCCACGUAUUAGAAACUGCGACCGUAAUAGCAAUGCUGAAUGCUUUAAUCUUAACAUUAGUACUUCACGUAAGUGGACAAAUCGAUAUCAUGUGUCAAGAGUUGAAAGAGAUUCGUUCCACGUCUAAAUCUAAUUCGAUAUCUACCAGCUCGCUUGUCGCAAGACAUCAGAAAAUCAUAUCGUUGUCGAAAAACAUCGAAAAUUACUUUUCAUUUGUUGCUUUGUUGCAAUUCGUGUGGAACACUUUUGUUAUUUGCGCCAUUGGAUUCAUGGUAGUGAUAUCUUUGAGUAUGAAUAUAACAAGUAAAUCAGGAAUACUGAUACAAUUUAUUAUUCCAUUCUGCGCAGUAACUAUGGAAGCUUUCGUUUUUUGUUUCGCUGGCGAGUAUUUAAGAACCAAAAGCAAAGCUGUUGGCGAUGCAGCGUAUGAGGCGGUUUGGUACGAUUUGCCUACCAGCGAAUGUCGAAUUUUGUUAUUUGUGAUCCUCAGAUCACAAAAACAACUGACAAUCACUGCUGGUAAAGUCAUGGACUUAACAUUGGAAGAUUUCACCAGUGUAAGUUUCUUGCUUUAAAUUUUAUAAUUUAAUGUUUAUUUCAAAAAAAAUAUAUUGUUAUUAUAAUUGUUGAAAACAAGUUUUAAUAUUGUACAAUAUUUUUAAUGUGUUUAAAGUUUAUUAAUAUGUGUAUCGUAUUGAUAGAACGUCUUUGGAAUAAUUAUUCGCGUUAGUAUUCCUUUUUGUGUGAUAUUCUUUUAGGUUAUGAAAGCUUCUGCCUCGUACAUUUCAGUUUUAAACGCGAUGUAUUGAAACAUGUAUCAAUUUAUGCUAGCCAUACGUAUAUCCUCAAAUCAUUGCGAGUGAAAUAAUAAUGUACAUUUGUAGAAAAAAAUUAAUAGAAA